AUGACGGAUGUUGUUUCAUCGCACUACCCAUGGUCACGUAAUACAAUGGCAGGAAAUCCAAAACAGCAGCAUCAAUAUUCAAAAUCUAUUCAUCUCACAGUACCACGAUUUACAAAAGACAUUCCAUCUCGUACACCAUUAUGUAAAAUAACAUUAUAUCGAAAUGGUGAUCGUUAUUUUCCCGGUAAACAAAUUAGUAUAAUCCCACAAAAUUAUACUGACCUACAAUUUUUUUUACAACAAUUAUCGAGUAUUAUUGAUUUACCCUAUGGUGUACGACAUUUAUUUACACCACAUAAUGGUUCUGAAAUUACUAAUAUACAUUUUUUAAAAGAUGGUGCAUCAUAUGUAUGUGCAUCAUUUGAACCAUUUCAAAAAUUAGAAUAUAAAGCUAUUAAUAUACCUCGAAUAAUCUCUAGAAGUGAACACCUUCGUCAACCAUUAAAUGAUAUUCAUUCACCAGGUCGUGUAAAUGUACGUCAUUUACCUACGACAUCAUUACCAAAAGUAGGUGCUAUCAAUGGUUCAGUAACAACAACAACAAAUCGUUUUCUUGCAAAUAAUCUUUUUUUACAAUCAUUUACUUCAGCCGCUGCUAAUUCUAUUCAACAGCAACAACAAAAAAAACAAAAUUUAAAACAAAAUAAAUAUGGUUUAGAACCAUUAGCUAAUAAACCACGUUCAAUAACUAUUGUUAAACAAGGACAUGAAAAAACACAUAAAACUAUUACGAUAUUACUUAAUCGACGAACUGUUCAGACAUUUGAGCAACUGUUAUCAGAUAUUUCAGAAGCAUUUGGAUAUCAAAAAAAUCGAUCGGACAAAAUCAAAUGUUUAUAUAAUUUAAAAGGAAGACAAGUUAAUGGAAUUAAUGAUUUUUUUCGUGAUGAUGAUGUAUUUGUUGCUGUAACGAAUUCUACUGAUAUUUCAUCAGUAGAUCUAAAUGAAAUAAGUCUUAGAAUAUUUAAUGAUCCUCAACAAUCAAUACAUCAUCGAAAAAAGAAUGUUCGAAAAUCUGUUGAUCAAGAUACAGUUACAACAGGACCAAAAGAAGAAGAUGGUCUAUCUCGUAAAAAUAGUGGAUUAACAUCAACACGUAAACCUCAUGAAAAUAGUUUUGAAAAUACAACUACACCUAAUCAUUCUCAUCGAAAAGGAAAAAAAGUACAUAAAUUACCAACGAUUAAUAGUAUUGAACAACAACGUGAACGUGAACGACAACGUUUACGUGACGAAGAAGAACAACGUCGAAAGAAAAUAUUCUUAAAAAAAGAAUUUCAACCAGCAGUACAAAUAUUUUCUGUACCGAAAUUUGAACAAUUAAUAAUUGAUAUUAAUACUAAUGAACCAUCUCAUCCAACUAAAAUAAAAACUCCAACAUCAGUAAAAACUAAAGUUUCAUCUAUACCUUCCUUGCCAACAAAUCAUUCAAAUGAAAAUGAAAUUAUUUCAUUAUCAAAAACCUCGACUAUUAAAAAACGUUCAUUAAUAGUACAUCCUUCUCCAUCUAUUGUUACGGAUAAAUAUGACUUAGGUAAAAAAAUGGGUGAUGGAAAUUUCGCUAUUGUACGUCGUUCAAAAUUACGUAAUACUGAUAGAGAAUAUGCCGUUAAAAUUAUUGAUAAAUCAAAAAUGAAGGGAAAACAUUAUAUGCUUGAACAUGAAAUAAAUAUUAUGUAUAUAUGUAAUCAUCCAAAUAUAAUUCGUUUAUUUGAAGAUUAUGAAACAGCCGAUGAAAUUUAUCUUGUUAUGGAAUUAGUAAAAGGUGGUGAUUUAUUUGAAUAUAUAACAAAACAUCGUUGUUUUAAUGAAUCAACAUCAGCAUUAAUGAUUAAAGAUGUUUCUGAAGCACUCUUAUAUUUACAUGCAAAAAAUAUUGUUCAUAGAGAUGUUAAACCAGAAAAUUUAUUAGUUAUGCAAAAACGAGAUGGACGAGUUACUAUUAAAUUAACGGAUUUUGGUUUAGCUUUACAACUUACAGGAUCAGUUAAAACUGUUUGUGGAACACCAACGUACGUUGCACCAGAAAUUCUUGCGGAAACAGGUUAUGGUAUUGAAGUUGAUUGUUGGGCAACUGGUAUUAUUUUAUAUAUUCUUCUUUGUGGUUACCCACCAUUUAAAACUGCUGAACGUAAUCAAGAAGAAUUAUUUCAGAUGAUUCAACGUGGUAAAUUUUCGUAUGAUACGGAAUAUUGGAAUACAAUAUCGUCAUCUGCUAAAAGUUUAAUUGAUCAAUUAUUAAUUGUUGAUCGACAAAAACGAAUGCGUGCUGAUGAAAUUCUUCUUCAUCCAUGGAUAUUAACUGUUGGUCAAUCGAAACCGAUACGUAAUACGGAAGAAUUGAAAACUACAUUACGUUUACAAUAUGAUCUUAAAAUGAAAGAAUAUGCUACAGAAACGAUAGCCAAUUAA